CUCGCGUCCGCGCUGAAAUCCCACGAUGGCGCGUCGAGUUCGACCGACAGCUCGGUCCAAUUCCGAACAAAGUUUACGGGAGGCGAUACUCCCGCCGCUAGCUAUCUUACCCAAACGCUCUAAGAAGAACCUCUCCAACACGUCCAUGUGGUCAUCCUCCGGGAAGACUCCUGUCCACGGCAUCGCACCGUUGCUGUCCCCGUCCGACCGACGAAGUAUGCGCUUCAAGAGCCGCAGGUCGCCUACAAUCCGGAAAAUCUCGUCUCGUAUCUCCGUCAUGGCGGCCGACGUGGGCGGAUUGAAGCGGAAGUCCAUCAGCGUCCUCGCUGAUGGGUAUGCGCAGUUCAAACAAACCCUCAGUUACGGCAGCCCGUCCAAGAACGAAGUGCCAACUGGUCCGAUAUUCAAUCUACCAAUGCCGGCGCCCAACCACGCCCUACUACGGAGACGUUCGUUCGUGGCCAAGCUUGGCGCCAUGUACGCGAGCAUGGAGAAGCGUGUGUCGUCAGAGGUGCUGCUGUUCUUCGAAGCGGCGCAGCUUAUCUACACGGGGUUCAGUGUACCGUUCCGAAUAGGGUUGAUGUACAACCCGUACUUUACGACGACGUCGUCGUCAUCUGUGGACUUUCCCGACUAUGUCAUGUACGUGAUGUGGGCCAUUGACACCCUCUUCGACGUGAUCGCGUUCGUCGCCGCCCUUCGCAUCCUCAAACGCUCCGACACGUCCCACGUCGUCGUCCCCAUCGACCAUUCCGAGCCAAGCUUCAGUGUCAAAGAGAAACACCACCGCACCUCUACAUUCCAGCAGUCGCUCAUCAAGUUUGCCGUCUCGCGGCAACAUUCCAUGCGGCGGAACUCGACGUUCUUGUCCAAAGAAACGUCCAUGCUGCCGCAGUUCCUGCUCAGUUCGACAUGGGACAAGCAUAAGGGCGUGCGAUGGCACCAGAUCAUCGCCGAGUGGCUCGCGCUCGUGCCGUUCGACUGGGCCUUCGUCGGCAAUACCCACGCCAUGAUCCUGUGUCGAGUCCCCAAGCUGUUGCGCAUGCACAAAGUGCCCGAAAUUGCUCGGCUCAUCAAACAAUUCCUCGCCGAGCACGAGCUCUUCUCUGGCUUCCACAACGUCGGCAUGUCCCUGUUAGUGGGGGUGAUCCUCCUCAGCCUCGUGUGUAUCCACUGGGCCACUUGCUUCUUUUUGCUCGUCGCCCACUUGCAAUGCGGGUACAACUUGGACCAAACCGUGAAUGGCCAGUCUUGUUGGGCGAAUCAAGUGCAGCUGCAAGGCGCGUCUAUCUUUCGAACGUACAUGUACUCGAUGGUCGUGGUGGGGUUUGGGUUUCCUGUGCCCCAGACGAAUCUCGAGCGAGCGAUUGGCAUUGGCAUCCAGUUCAUGCGAUUUUGCAUCGCGGGGGGCGUCAUUGGGGCGUACGUGUUCUUGUUUGAGUGCCAGAAUCGCCGUGAAAACGAAUUCCAUGACCAAGUGGACGGCGUCAAGGAGUACUUGACUGCCCGACGCGUCUCCAAGCAACUGCAAGCCAAGGUCCUGGACUUUUAUGGCCACUUUUGGUCGGCCCAGCGCGGGAUUGACGAAGACACGAUCAUCGCUACGUUGCCGUCGCACAUUCAAACCCAAUGCUUGGAUCUUCUCCGCGCGAAGCUGCUCAAAACUGUGCCUAUCUUUCGGUCAUUGCCCAUGCAAGCCGUGAAUCGGUUGAUGCUGUGCAUGAAACGGCAAUGCUAUGGCCGCGGCGAUUGGAUCAUUCGACUCGAAACGUGCAAGUUUAUUUAUUUCAUCUGCCGUGGCCGCAUCGCAGUCUUGGACAUGUACGGCUCGGUCACGAAAAACAUUGUGGACGGACAGCACUUUGGACUGUCCAUGAUGGAGGCGGCGGCGUCGUCCGACGUCAUCUCCGCGCGCGCCGAAACCAUCUGCGAUCUGUACAUUAUCGACAAGCCGUCCGUGCAACAGGUGUACGAAUCGUGUGCAAGCCAGCUGGGCGACGUCAAGUGGGACGACGUGGUGACCGAGGCAACUCGAAUCGGUCGGAAGCCCAUCCGGGCCAACUCGAUGCUGGGCCUGGGCAAGAAAUUCGUCGAGCACGCGACGAAUGCCGAGCAGUGGACCCAUCCAGACUCGCAGUUUCGGCAGUUCUGGGAGCGAUGCAUGGUCGUGGCGUUGAUCGUGUGUGCGGUGGACAUUCCGCUGCACAUUUGCUUCGCCUCAACGUCGUCGUGGCCGGCGUUCUUGGGUCGCCUCGGCCUCGCCCUCUUCCUUGUGGUCGACUUGGUGCUACGGAGCCGCCGGUUUGCGUACUUUGAAAGCGGUACGCUGGUCACGGACAGUUGGUUCAUCUGGCACCAGUACAAACACCACGGGUUCUUUCUCGACGCGAUUUCCAUCAUCCCGUUCACGAUGGUCGCGGACUGCCUCACGACCGCGUUCGACGCCGACUCGACCUUUCCUGUGACACUGCGCAUGUUUGAAUGGAUUCGCCUCGUGCGCAUUCGACGGCUCCUCCCGACACUCUCGACCAUUUUGAAGCAACAUCACGUUAACGACACUACGUACAUCAUUGUCAACUUGAUGAUCUGCGUGCCAUUUGCGUGUCAUGUCGGCGGAUGCAUGUGGUACUGGAUUGCCGCCCUGCACCAAGAUCCCCAUCAUGAUAGUACGACUCCAACCAGCACCAGCCACGGCAGUCUGACUGUCCAGACGUGCCUCGAGUGGGCGCGAGACCAUCAAAACUGCACGUGGCUCGACUUUGACCACGACCAUUUCGGCCACCCGUCCGAUUACAUCCGGUCGUUCUAUUGGAGCGUCGUGUCGCUUGUGACCGUUCAAUUUGGGUCGAUUUUUCCGUUCACCGACGCAGAGUGUGUGUACAUGUUUGUGUUUUUGUACUUGAGCAUCGUGGCCAAUUAUGGCGCAGUGGGGGCGCUCGUGAACGCUGUCACACGAAUCAAUUCGGCUGCGAGCAAGAAGCAGGAACAAGUGACCAUGGCUCAUCGGUUCAUGACUAUUGAAGGGGUAUCGCGUAACGUCCGUCACAACGUGAGCACGUACUACAAGACCCACUGGUCGCAGACGUCGGAACAACACGCGUUGAGCGUGCUGCAGCCGCUGCCCGACAACUUGCGCCAGGAAAUCCAGUCCUUCUUGCACGAAGCGUCCGUGGGGCACCUCAAGCUGUUCAAAGCCAUCGACGUCGACGGGCUCCGGUUCAUCUACGCCAUCAUGAAGCACCAGUCGUAUAACCGCCUCGAGUUUGUCGUCCGAAACGGAGACACGUGCGACGACAUUUACAUUUUGAUGCGGGGGGUGAUGGAGGGCCUCCUGCAGGUGAAAGACAUGACGGUGCCCGUGCAGCUGCUGUACCCGGGCAGCUGCAUCGGGGAGGCCGCGUUUGUGCUGAAACGAACGCACGAUGUCGGCAUUCGCGUCGUCAGCGAGUCGGCCGACGUGAGCGUGCUCAGUCGACAGGACUUUGCCUCGAUUGCGUAUCACUUUCAACACUUGUGGCCCACGGUGGAGACUCUUGCAAUGGAUCUGGAGCGACAACUGUCCCUAACGCUCAAUGCACUUGACCGAAACCUCCAAAAACCCAACAUUUACCGGACGUUGAAUCACUCGGCCACGUUGUACAUUGAGCCACGACCCGACGCGUUGCUCGUACGACCUGAUUCGACCUUGUAUCGGUGGUGGGAACUGCUCUUGUCGGUGGUCAUGAUUUACAAUUUGAUUCAAAUUCCGUUCCGCAUUGCGCUGCUUCCGGCGCCCCCCGACAAGGUCAUGUUGGGGUUUACCAUCGUCGAUAUUGCCUGUGACGUGAUCUUUCUUGUCGACAUGUACAUCAAGUACAACCACUUGAUCAUCAUCGACAAGAACGGCGACGAGGUGGUGUCGCUGGCUCUGAUUCGGUCCAACUACGUCCACGGCCAACCGUUCAAAAUUGAAGCCUGCGCCAGUUUGCCCUUGUACUACGUCGGCAACUACCAAGUCAUGACGCUGUGCCGACUGCCGCGCCUGUUGCGAUCCUCGCAACUGUCGAAAUACUUGCGGUCGUUCCACACAUUUGUGCAGGAACAGACGGCGUCGGCGGCGGUGACCGAGGGACUGGAAUUCGUCAAGUUGUUCUUGACGCUGGUCUUAGCCUCCCACUUGGCCGCGAUGGGGCUGUUCUUGAUUUCGCACGCUGAACACGGCGACCAGCACGGCGAUGGCGCGAGUGACGUGACAGACGACGUACCGAGUUGGUACAGCCACGACUUUGUGAUCGAACAGUUCCAUGGCAGCAUUGGCGCCACGUAUUUGCGCGCGUUUUACUGGGGCUUGGGCGUGCUGAGUUCGUUUGACUACAUGGACAUCCACGUGUCCAAGGCAGGGGAAACCCUGUGGUUUUGUGUGGUCGCGUUGUCUGGAGUAGUGUUUAUCGGGGUCAUCAUUGGUCAAGUUUGCACCGCCAUCUUCAACGCCAACAAGGAAAUUCGAGAGGUGGAGAUGCAGCUGCAAAACUUUGCGUUUUACGCGAAAAUGAAAAAGUUGCCGGGGUUCAUGGUGCGCCGGGCCAAACUGUUUUUUCAGUUUCAACUGGACUGCAACAAGGGCAUGGACGCCCACGAGAUCUUUCGCGACCUGCCGCAGUGCUUGCGACUCGAGUUGUUUAAAGAUUUGUACGCAAACCUACUGGCCCCCAUCCCUAUCUUUUCCAUGCUUACGCCAGCGCAACUGAAUGCCGUGGCCGAGCGACUGCAUUCGAAGUUGUACCUCCCCGGCGACGACAUCAUCAUGGAGGGCGAUGUCGGCAACGCCCUGUACAUUAUGAAGCAAGGGCUCGGGGAAAAGCAUCUCCGCACGUUUCAGUUGAUCGUCGCGCCAGUGUACGAGGGCUCUUCGUUUGGCGAAGUCGCGUUCUUCCUCGCCAAGCGCCAUUCCCACGGCGUCCGCGCGGUCAAGUGCUGCGAAGUGCUAUGUCUGACCAAGGCCGAUUGGACCUCCGCCUGGUCCAGCGAAGUCAGCCUCAACUUCAAAGUCAAGAUGGCCAUGGCGGUUGAAAAGGAAGACCAACUCAUGGAGCGCGUUACGACGGCGCUGAAGGGCAAUUUCGGUGUGACAGGCCAAGCGUCGAUCAAGUUGACGUCCAUGCUCGGGGUGAAGAAACGCGCGUCACUGAGCGACAAGCACACGAUCGCCGGUCGCCGUGACUCGGUGCCAAACUACUUUGAAUACAUUCGGGAAGUGUCGCGAUCCGGGGCACGGAAGGGGCCCCUUUUGUCCCAGUUCGCCCCCACCCCCCGCGCGACGAUCUGGCACCCCGGCCCCCCCCAACAACCGUCGUGGAUGCCGCACUCGCUCUUUCGAAACGUGUGGGACGUGAUCAUGCUCGCUGUGACAACGUACUACGUAACCAUGGUGCCGUUUCGGGCGUGUUUUGUCGAGUUUCCACAGCCGGCGCCAUACUGGAUCGUCAUAUGGAUUGCAGCCGAAUACGUCCUGGACGUGCUGAGCGUGGUGGACUUUGUCCUUCGCUUCCAAGUGUUUUACGUGUUUGCCAAAGGUGAGAUGCAGACACUACCCGCAGUGUUACGACGCCAUUAUCGCGUCCACGGUCCACUAAUUUCCGACAUCGUGGCGCUGGUGCCCGUGGAGAUUUUCGCUAUCGGGUUGUUUUCGCAUACAAACUCGUGGAAGCUCGUGUCGUUGUGUCGGUUGAACCGGAUUCUGCGGCUCGUGCACCUCCCCCGGCUCACGCACUCGCUGGAACACGUGCUCUCUCGCCGCAAGUGGUUUAUGGCGAAUCGCACGGCGUUCGAGUACAUGAUGACAUUCGUCGCGCCAUUCUUCAUUGUGUGUCAUUGGAUUGCAUGUUUGUGGUUUUAUGUGUCGUUCGCAUCGCGAUCGGAUGGCGACACGCCGUCAUGGCUUGUCACGAUGGGGUACCUCCCGCUCAACAUGACCAUGACAUCGACCGACGACAUCCCCCUCGGGUUUUCCGAAUCCACGAAAUUCACCAGCAUGAACGUAUACCUGGCGUCGCUCUACUAUGCCGUGUCGUCGCUGAGCUCGCAGUCGUUUGGCGACGUCUUCAGCCGCAACGCUGUCGAGACGUGGCUCACCCUGGGCAUCAUUCUGUUCUCCAUUACAUUUUACGGGGUACUCGUGGGUAUGCUCGCAGAAAUGAUGCAAGACAAGCUCCACCCCCGCGCAAGUUUUGAGCAGCAUAUGGUGGACGUGAGCACGUUCUUCAACUACCGGCUGCUCCCGUUUGAUUUCUUCAUCCAAACGUCGCGGUUCAGUCGCCUGCAGUGGCAAAAUCACAUGGGCCGCACCGAAGACGACUUUUUGAGCGUGCUCAGCACCACGAUUCGUGAAGACAUUGCCAUGUUUGUCAAGCAAAACGUGGUCAAGAACUUGAGGUUUCUGCUCGAAUGCGAAGAAGUGUUUGUCCGGGCGCUGGUGACCAAGUUGCGCACAGAACAGUUUAUUCACGCCGAUGUGAUCUACCAGUUUGGCGAUGUGGGGCGGACGCUGUACUUUGUCGACGUCGGGUCGGUGUCCCUCGUGUCGGCUACAACUGGCGUGCAAACUCGAAACCACAACGAAUUCUUUGGCGGGGUUGCGCUCUUUGAAGAUGUCGGGCGCACGGUCACCGCCAUCGCAAACGUCGAAUGCACCAUGUUUCUGCUGUACCAUGACGACUUUGACAAGUUGGUCGACCGAUUCCCAGAGUACUUUGACCGGUGCUACAAGCAGUGGUGUGUGCGGGACGAAGACCCGAUUCAAAAGAUGUACAUCCCCCCUCGGCGAAACAUUAUCCAGCACAACGGAAGCACCAAAUUCCAUUGAGUACCUAAUCGACAUCAUUUGACCUGAGCCA